CCGGGGCGGGGCCGCCGCAGGCUCAGAUGGCACCCGGCGCUCGCGCCGGAAAGGGCGUCCCCCAGCGGCCUCCCGGAGACCCUCCCCGGCCCGCGGGGCGCUGGAGCCGCCGCGGCGGAGGCAUGGCCGCGGGGGCCGCGGGGGCCGCGGUGCGCGAGGCGGCGCCGGGGCCGGACGCGCCUCCCCAGCACGAGCAGAUCUCUCACACAAAGCUUUCUGCGGAUGAUGAAUGGAACCUGCAGCAGGAAAGGAUGUACAAGAUGCACCGGGGCCAUGAGUCCAUGCACGUGGAGAUGAUCUUGAUCUUCCUCUGCGCACUGGUCAUCGCCCAGAUAGUGUUGGUACAGUGGAGACAGAGGCAUGGCCGGUCCUACAAUCUGGUGACACUGUUGCAGAUGUGGGUUGUCCCUCUGUAUUUCACGAUAAAACUUUACUGGUGGCGGUUUCUGUCUAUGUGGGGAAUGUUCUCAGUUAUUACCAGUUACGUCCUCUUCAGAGCUACCCGAAAACCCCUCUCAGGGAGAACACCAAGAUUGGUCUACAAAUGGUUUCUUCUAAUCUACAAACUCAGCUAUGCAUUUGGUGUUGUGGGUUAUUUGGCCAUCAUGUUUACAAUGUGUGGAUUCAAUUUAUUUUUCAAAAUCAAGGCUAGAGAUUCCAUGGAUUUUGGCAUUGUAUCCUUGUUCUAUGGCCUCUACUAUGGCGUAAUGGGGAGAGAUUUUGCAGAGAUCUGUUCGGAUUACAUGGCUUCUACUAUAGGGUUCUACAGCGUCAGUGGGAUGCCCACAAGGAGCUUGUCAGACAAUGUCUGCGCCGUCUGUGGGCAGAAGAUCAUUGUGGAGCUCAGUGAAGAAGGGCUCAUUGAAAACACCUACCAGCUCUCAUGCAAUCAUGUCUUUCACGAAUUCUGCAUCCGAGGUUGGUGUAUAGUUGGUAAAAAGCAGACUUGCCCUUACUGCAAAGAGAAGGUUGAUUUGAAGAGGAUGAUCAGUAACCCCUGGGAGCGCACACACUUUUUAUAUGGACAAAUCCUGGAUUGGCUUCGUUAUUUGGUGGCCUGGCAACCCGUGGUGAUUGGAAUAGUUCAAGGCAUUAAUUAUUCACUAGGGCUGGAAUAGUACAGCAGACUUACUCCAGAAGCAAUGUGUUGCAUGUUGAAAUAUUUUUAAAUCCUUGAUCCUACACUUAAUAUCGAUAUUCUUUUUUUUAAUAUCAGAGGUGAUCCCCAAGAGUUUAGAGAACUGAGCCUUACCUAAGCAGUCUGUCUAUGUGGAAAGAAUUUAGAGAGAAGCUGAAUGUCAAAAGUUCAGAAAAAAACCAAAAGUAAAA